UGAAAUCACCUAAUAAGCCCUCUUUCCUCUUAAUCAAUCCCGUCGUACAAAAUCCUGGCCGGCGUCACGGCGUCACCACAAACCAGUCUCCGGCAGCCCCUUAGCGGGAAAACCAUCGUCGCCGCCGUAAAAGAUUUCUUCACCUCUCUGCAGACCGCCAAAAGGACACCGAUUACAACGAUGCAUUGAGCCGCACCUGUGCCGUUUCUUCUUUCUUCUUCGCUCUAACUCUCCCCCCAACUUGUUCGGAUCUUUUUGAGCCGUACUGGGAUACUGUUGCUGAGGGGGGAAAAGGGUAGGGUGGGAGCUCUUUCUGCUCGUUAUUUUCACUGUCACUAAUACAUACAUGGCGGCAGAGAAUUGGGUGAGGAUGGUGACGGCGCAAACGCCCACCAACAUUGCUGUGAUCAAGUACUGGGGAAAGAGGGAUGAGAACUUGAUUUUGCCCGUCAAUGACAGCAUCAGUGUCACUUUGGAUCCGGCCCAUCUCUGCACUACCACCACUGUUGCCGUCAGCCCCAGCUUUGAUCAGGAUCGGAUGUGGCUCAACGGCAAGGAGGUUUCCCUUUCCGGAGCCCGAUAUCAGAAUUGUUUACGAGAAAUUCGUGCCCGGGCUUGUGAUGUUGAGGAUGAGGAAAAAGGUGUAAAGAUAGCAAAGAAGGAUUGGGAAAAUUUGCAUGUGCACAUUGCCUCCUAUAACAACUUCCCUACUGCUGCUGGAUUAGCUUCAUCUGCAGCUGGCUUUGCAUGCCUUGUUUUUUCCCUUGCAAAGCUAAUGAACGCAAAAGAAGAUAAUAGUGAUCUCUCUGCUAUUGCUAGGCAAGGUUCUGGGAGUGCAUGUCGCAGUUUAUUUGGUGGAUUUGUGAAGUGGAUCAUGGGAAAGGCUAAGGAUGGGCAUGACAGCCUUGCUGUUCAGCUAGUAGAUGAGAAACACUGGGAUGAACUUGUUAUUAUUAUUGCUGUGGUAAGUUCACGGCAGAAAGAAACAAGCAGCACUUCAGGAAUGCGGGAAAGUGUUGAUACUAGUUUACUUUUGCAGCAUAGAGCUAAGGAAAUUGUACCAAAAAGGAUUGUCCGAAUGGAGGAGGCCCUAAAAACCAAGGAUUUUGGCUCUUUCACGGAACUAACCUGUGCUGAUAGCAAUCAGUUCCAUGCAGUCUGCCUGGACACCUCUCCCCCAAUAUUCUACAUGAAUGAUACAUCCCACAGGUUAAUUAGCUGCGUUGAGAAAUGGAAUAGAUCUGAAGGAACACCUCAGGUAGCUUACACCUUUGAUGCUGGUCCAAAUGCUGUCCUCAUUGCACGCAAUAGAAAGGCUGCUGCUCAGCUCAUGCAAAAGCUGCUUUUCUACUUCCCUCCAAACUCUGAUGCAGACCUGAACAAUUAUGUGAUUGGAGACAAGUCAAUUCUUAAAGAUGCCGGGAUUGAAGGGAUAAAGGACAUCGAAGCCCUGCCACCACCUCAAGAAAACAAGGAUGCUCUGAGAUACAAAGAUGGUGUUAGCUACUUCAUCUGCACGAGACCCGGCAGAGGACCUGUGUUGCUCUCCGACGAAACUCAGGCUCUUCUGGACCCGCAAACUGGGCUGCCCAAAUAAGUCAAAUCAAUCUGAGUUCUCUCUCAGUGGCACUUCAAUCAUCUUUUUCUGUUGGUGAUAGUAUUGUUGGUUGGGAUAGUCUGUUGUGUGAACACAUCCCUGAAUUGCUGUUAGCUAGCUGAUGCUACAAUGUAUGUGUUUGUUGUAUUGUAAUUUUCUUUUUUUGUUGCUUACUCAGCCAUUUUUGGGGAAUGACCAAGUCAAGUCAGGUUGUUCCUCUGGCGAAGAAGCUACUUUGUUUGGAUUUCAACUCACUAGUUAUUUUGAUUCCGACUCCGAUUCACUGAAUAAUAAAUUCUUCAGCCAAGCAUUUACGUGGUUCACCAUUUCUGAGUGUCUGUUCUAAGUUUCUUGUUGCUUUCCAGGAUCAGUAGGCGCCCUUUUGGGAUUUGAAAAAUAUGUUGCAAGGUUGUAAAUAGAAUGAUGAAAGUAUGUAUGAAAAUGAU